AAAUUAAUCAGUUGGGAUGAUAUUACUUAUCAACUGUAAAAUAAGAUCAAGAGGUGAAUAAUGUUGUUGAGUGAAAGUUUUUAAAACCACUAGGAUUCGAUUUAUUCAAUUACCGUGGUAAAAGAGUGAGUUCGGUCAAUAAAAGACAGAGACCAAUCUAUUAAGUAAAAGAUGCCACAAGUAGUCGGAGUUUGACAACGGUUUUACCAGUCACACAAUUAUAAUCAAAGUAUACUAACCCAGAGUGGUGUUUGAACGAACUAAUAAUACCCUUGUACUUGUUGAAUGCUCGAUUUCGAAUUCUAAAUACAAUACAUUCGCUUGUGCUUGUGUCUUACUUCUUAAUACAAUUGCGUUAAUUCUGGGACUCUUAGUUCAUACUACGAUUCAAAUAAUUCAAAACAUUAUAUUAGCAUCGCGAUGGAGCCUGUAAUGGAAAAGUUAGAUAUUCAUUCAACUUCGGAAGCUUUUGAAGAUUACUUUGAAAGGUUCGAAAUCUGGGCUAUGACCAAGAAAGAUGAUGAGGAUUUUAAUAUUGUGGCACACUUCCUCACAUUCAUUGGGAGAGAAGCGUACAGCUUAUUAAAAACUUUGGCAUAUCCAGAAAAACCUAUCUCACUCCCUUAUGCAACUCUUAAAGAGCUAUUAUUAAGUCAUGUAAAAUGCGCCAGUUUUGAAUGCCGUGAAAGGGCAAAGUUUCAUAAGAUGGUUCGUCAAAAUGACCAAAAGGCUCGGAAAUUCAUCCUUGAAUUACAGAAACAAGCUGCCAAGUGUAAUUUCGGUGAUCAACUUCAUGUGCAACUGAGAGGUUGAUUAAUUGCAGGAAUUAACACACCGAGUUUGAAAAGAGAGCUGUUAAAAAUGCCAAACUGUUCCUUUCAAGAUGCUAGAACUGCGUGUAUUAACUACGAAGCAGUCAAUGAACUUGAUAUCCAGUCGAUGAAGAUUUCUAAUACUUUGCUUAGUCGUCAU